AUGAAUUCCAAAAUGAAACAAAAAACGGCCGCAGACAAAUCAUCAGGAUCUUUGCAGAAGUACCUCACAGAUGCCACAUGCAGCGCUGCCCCAAGACGGACUCUUAAAAUGAUUCAGCCUUCAGCAACAGGUUGCCUGGUUGGCAGACGAAAUGAGAAGAAAUCUUCAGUCAAAAGGAAACUCUGGAAUAACAAGUUCACCUCAAAGGCUUCUAAAGCUGAAGUGUCUGUGGAUAAGGAGCAAGAAAAUGAUAAUAUGAAUGAUGUAAUUCAAGCAGUAGAUCUCAUGAUAAAAGGAAGCCCUUCACCUCAGUAUUGGAAAGAAGUGGCUGAAGAAAGGAGGAAGGCUCUGUAUGAAGUGCUUCAAGAAAACGAAAAGCUACACAAAGAAAUUGAACAGAAAGAUGGUGAAAUUGCCCGUCUAAAAGAAGAAAAUGAAGAGCUAAUGGCCCUUGCUGAACAUGUGCAUUAUAUGACGAGCAUGAUUGAGAGGCUAACUGGGCAAGCACCUGACAAUCUGGCUCUAGAGAAAUCUGAACUAGAAAAUGAAGAGAUUAACUGUGGAGACAAUGCAGACAGCACUUCUGAAGGGCCAUCACAAGAAUCAUGUGGCUUAAAGGAGGGUAUGUCAGAUCUUGCUCCAAAGGAAGAAAAUAAUUUGCAACUGGAACGACAACCUUAA